UCAAAUCACAAACAGCAACUUGAAACUGUUAAGGAGUUUCAUAAGCAAGAGUUUGAAGAACUUCAACAAAGCUGGGAGAAAAGGAUGAAUCGGCAGAUUGAAGAAUUGCAGGAAAAGCACGAGACUGCAUUUCAAGAAAAGCAAGAAGAAUUGAGAGAGUUAAAACAGAACCUUGAAGCUUCCAAUAAUGAAAGUGCUGAGCUAGCCAUGAAAGUAACUGAACUUACCAAGGAGGUUGCUUUAGGAGCAGAUAAAAAACAGCAACUUGAAGAGGAAUUGAAGGAAGCAUUGGUUCAAGUUGACACUUUGAUAAAAAGUGAAACAGAACUUAAAGCUACAUUACAGGCUUUUGAAGAUGCUAACAGACAAAAGCUGUUGGAAAAAACAGAAUUAGAAAACUGUCUAAAUGAACUGAAGAAAGCAGAUGAGCAGAAUCAGGCUAAGAUUCAGGAGCUUAGCAAUUUGUUGAAGAAAACUGAGGAUAACUUCCAUGCAUUAGAAAAUAUGCGUUGCAAAGAGACUGAGGAGUAUCAGAAACAACUUCAAGAAAAAUCUGUUGAACUUGGGAAUGAAAGCAAAAUCAGGAGCCAAGUAGAGCAGUUAAUUAAUAAUUUUCAUGAAGCAAAUAUGAAAGUCGAGCUGCAAACCAAUGACUUUAAUCUGAAGUGCACUGAAAAAAUGGAUAUCCUUCAUGAACGUGUUAAAAUUUACCAAAGUCAAAUUGAGAAGGUACAAAAGGCACUACUCAAAAGAAUCAGUAGGGUUGGUGAACUAGAAGUUAAACUGGACGAGUUAGUAAAGCAAAAUGUCUUAUUGAAUGAUUCAUUGCUGCAUACAACACAACAAUUGCAAAAUGAGCAACAAAACUUUAAGGCAUUGCAAUCUGAACUCCAAACCAUUACUGCACAGCAUAGCACACUCCAGCAAGAAAGUAAACAAAAUAGUCAAGAAUUGACUGAGAAGGAAGCUUGCAUUGAACA